AUGGUCAGUUUCGACUCAGAGUACGAGGGUUUUCCCUGGAAUUUUCGUAAACGUGAUAGAGGGGUUGGUUGCCAGUACCACAAAUGGAUGAACAUUGUUGAUUGGGUGUUCAGUAGGAGCAGGCAGUUGGGGUUAUCCAGCCUUGAUGUGACCUGGCCACUUGAAACAGCAGUGUGUCUGGGGUCUGAAUUUGGGAGGUUGGAUAGUGUGCUGGUUGCUAAAGAACUAGUGUGGUCGACUGAUGGGCCUCCCCCACCCCUCCCCCCUGUCGGCCACCAGACACAGCUCGUGGUGCCCAUCAGCCAAAUGCAGCCAUCCAGCCCUCUGCUGGUGCGCGGCUCGUGGCGGCCCAUCGGCCACAUGCGGCCGUCCAGCCCCCUACUGGACUCGGUGCGCGACCAGUUCGAGGACUACGACCAGUUGGCCAAGGACUUCACGCGCGCCUUCCUCAACAAUGAGGAGAACAUCGCUAUCAAUGCCAGCCUCUUCGACGUCGUCUUCCUCGUAGGCCAGAGCAAGAGCAAGACGCGCUUCAUCGGUGUCCGGGCCAUCCUGGGCGUGCGCAGUCGUGUGUUCCAGGAGAUGCUGUACGGGAUCUCGACGGGGUUCGGGUCGCCGCAGGUGCCGGUGGCGGAGAUUCUGGCGCGCGCAGUGCCCACCCUGCACUCGCCGCAGAAGCCCAAGAGCAGCAACUUCCUGCAGGUGCCCGACAUCGAGUCGCCCAGGCCCAAAAGCGUGCCCUCGUCGCCCAUGGUGAAGCGCGCCUUCUCCCGCCUGGGCAACCUCACCGCCGGCUGGGGCCGCUCCAUCCGCAAGCAGCACUCCCAGCUGUCCGCCGACGACAAGAAGAAGUGGUCUUCGUCACAGGACUGCUCCAACAAGGAGGGCAAGGACAAGGACAAGAAGGAGGCGCAGAUCCCGCAGUUGGCCGUGCCGCGGCUCAGCGUCUGUGCCGACGCCCAGAAGGUGGAUCGCGCCAAGCUCGCACAGACCGAGUUCCCCAUCAUCGAGUUCGACCCGGAGACGUUCCGCAUCCUGCUGGACUACCUACACACCGGCUCCUGCCCGCUCACCUGCUCCAACAUCCCGGGACUCAUCUGCGCCGCGGAGCACUACGACCUGCCCGAGCUGCUGCAGGCCUGCUUCCACCACGCCAAGCAGUUCCUGCGCAUCGACGUGGUUUGCGUGAUGCUGUGCGCCCUGGAGAACUACUACUGGCGGUACACGUCUGCGUCAGAGCUGGUCAACAUGAUACUUGCCUUCGUGGAGACCAGAGCGCACCAGCUGUUCCAAGUGCAAGACUUCAUGAUGCUGUCCGAGUCGAUGGUGCAGAUGAUCAUGUGCCGCAACCUGGAGAUCCCCGAGGUGCGCAAGUUCGAGGCGAUGCUGGGCUGGGCGCGCAACAAGAUCCGCACCAAGACCUCCUCCAAGAUGGAUGCCAAGCUCGAGUUCAAGUGCAUCAUGGAGCGCCUUGCUAGGGACCUCAAGCUGUACCGCAUCUCUCCGCAGGAGCUCAUCAAGAUCGUUCUGCCCAGCAAGGCGAUCAAGAAUGAGCGCAUCCUGGAGACACUGAUGUUCCAGGCAAACUCUGGAAUGUACCGUAUCCAGGACUCUUACCUGGAAGCGUGCCAGCAGCGGCUGCUGCAGAAGCAGGACUCGCGAUUCAGUGAGUGGGAGUCAUUCGACUACGGGCUCUAA